UAUCUGUGUUCUGCUAUAAGUUUCCAAACACCCUUUUAGCGAUGAAAAACAUCUGCAGGUUGAGAAUCCGGGACACCAUAACAGUUUUUUCCAGACUUGCAGUUUGUGGCGGCACAUUCGCGACGUGCACGUCCGCAUUAUAUAUGCUUAAUGCAAUUUGAAUGAGGCUCAGCGGAGCGCCGUCGACUGACGCCACGGGUCGGGUGUUUGAAUAGAAACUUUCAUGUGAGACAGAGGUAGUUAUAAACGCGAUGUGCAAACAUCUAUUUGUGGUGGCCAAUUUUAAUUUUGUGGCAGACUGAGAAAUAAAUGAAUGUAUGGGAAUGUACAACAGCAGUAGGCAGCGUAAAUAUAACGAUAUGAGCUGUAUGGAACUCAGCAGUUCACAAAAGGCCCGCACUGCUGAAUUUACAUCCCUUUAUAACUCUAUAACUCACUCAUAAUAUGAGACAGGUGUGUGCGCAUUUUCUCUCUCGCGCCGGAGAGCAACUUCGCUCCUCCCAUUCAUUUGGGUUGAGCGGUUUACACAUGAUUAGACAAACACUUUAAAAGAUUGAGCGCACAAAGCUUUUGGUGUGUUAAAGAUGUUAAACUUCAGCAAGUGUCGUUCAAUACUCAUCACGGGAGCGAGCAGAGGGCUCGGACUGGAGAUGGUCCGACAGUUGCUCAGUACCCCGGAAAGACCCCAAAAAAUCAUCGCAACCGCUGCAGAGGAACUGCAAGCACUUGCCAAAUCUCAUCCAGAGGUCCAUGUAGUAACUCUUGAUGUAACGAGUGAUGUAAGCGUGAAUGAUGCAGUUCAAGCAGUGAAGUCUAUUGUGGGUGCUGAUGGGUUAAAUUGUUUAAUUAAUAAUGCGGCUAUUAACAUCCACUGUGAUUUGGACACCGUCACCCGAGAUGUCAUGAUGAAAACAUAUGAGAUUAACACAGUGGCUCCUCUUUUUGUGACAAAGGCUUUUCUGCCGUUGUUGAGAGAGGCGGCGGGUCAGGGCAGUGGAAUGGGAAUUCACAGAUCGGCCGUGAUCAAUGUGUCAUCUAUUUUGGGGUCUGUUCAACUCAACUGGGGCGAGAUGGGAGCUCCUAAGCUUUACGCUUACAGGCCAUCUAAGAGUGCGCUAAACAUGAUUACAAGAAGUUUGGCAGUUGAUCUGGAAGCAGAGGGAAUUUUAUGCGUCGCCCUGCACCCUGGUUGGGUGCGCACUGAUCUGGGCGGAGCAGAUGCAGAUAUGAGUGUAGAAGAAAGCAUUUCAUCAGUGUUGCCUGUUAUUUGUGGAUUAACAGAGAAAGAUCAUGGAGGAUUUGUGAGCUACAAUGGGAAAACAUUGCCCUGGUGAUCUCCACACAGUGUGCAAGUGCCAAUUAUUGGUGACCACUAAUGAACGAAUAUUUGGAUUAAAUAUUAAUGAAUUCCCUCUUUCCACUUGUUUCUAUAUACCUGUAUGCAUGCGAGUCAAUGGUUGUGGGUGUAGUGUUGCAUAAAUUAUAUACAUUUAUAAGGAUAUAUAGAAAAUCUUAUU